GCCAGCCGAGACCUCAUUGAUGCACCCAUUCCAGUGGUGUAACGGGUGUUUCUGUGGCCUAGGGCUGGUUAGCACCAACAAGUCCUGCUCAAUGCCACCCAUCAGUUUCCAAGACCUUCCCCUCAACAUCUAUAUGGUCAUUUUUGGCACCGGCAUCUUCGUUUUCAUGCUCAGCCUCAUCUUCUGCUGCUAUUUUAUCAGCAAACUUCGAAACCAGGCACAGAGUGAACGAUAUGGAUAUAAGGAGGUGGUGCUUAAAGGUGAUGCCAAGAAGUUACAAUUAUAUGGGCAGACCUGUGCAGUUUGUUUGGAAGACUUCAAGGGGAAGGACGAGCUAGGCGUGCUCCCGUGCCAACACGCUUUCCACCGCAAAUGCCUAGUGAAGUGGCUGGAAGUGCGAUGUGUCUGCCCCAUGUGUAACAAGCCCAUUGCUGGCCCCACGGAGGCCACCCAGAGCAUUGGGAUCCUACUGGAUGAGCUGGUGUGAGCGCUCCCUCCACACUGAGACCUGGAGAGGGCCUCGUGGCUCUCUUGCCUCCUGUAGACGCAGCUCCAAGGAACAGGACUGCUGGGUGGUGACAGUCUCACCCAGCUGAAGGGGAGCCCAGGGCAAGGCUGGGCUUCCACGUCAGACGCACCCCACCUUCCUGCCUCCUGAAGCCUUCUUCCCGUCCUCAGUGCUGGUGGCAUCCCUCAUCGAGACCACUGGAUCCUGGUACCAGACUGUCUACCUGCCUUGACCCUGCUCUGGGGAAAGGAUUUCUCCCCUGUCGAGAGCAUGCAGAACAUCCCCAUUCAAGCUUCCCCUUGUGGGGCACACGUGGCCCUGACCCAGGAGGAACAAGAUGGACUCCGCCCCACCUACAACCAUCCCUCUCUUCCCCACUCCCUCCAUUGGAAGGUUAGAGGAAAGAUCAAGGAACCAAGUGCCUCCCCCAGAUGCAAGGGAGGCUUUGUAUGAAGUAGAAGACCAGGGACGUCUUGAAGGGCAAGUCAAUGUUUACAUGAGACCUAUGGAAACCAAGGCCGGCUGGGGACUGGCCGGCUGCAGGGUCGGGAGGGGCAGGCCUGCCCCUGCUGGGACCUGAGGUGCUGGCCACUCCGUCUUCCUCAGCUAACCUCAGAGCUUCCUAGCCCAGGUUGGGGUUUGCAGGCCCCUCUAGAGAGGGCCUGUCCUAUACUCAGAUUGAUUCCCAGGGGCUUUUUUAAAGGAUCAAAAGGGGCUUGGGGAGGAGGGUGUCGGAGAUUAGGGUAUAGCAGACACCUUCGUCCCCUCUGUAAAUAGUAUUUUUGUACUUUGUCCUCACCAUCUCAGGCUUUAUACGUGGGAUCCCCAGAAUGGAGUCAGAGUGGUUUCUGUUCCUCCCUGGAGUGGGUGAGGGUGGGAGAAAUUUAUGUAUUUAAAGAAUUAAAUUUAACACAUUUCUCUAA